CGGCCCUCGUUUUGGUCCUUGAGUGAUACUUUUCCAAAAAAAUAUAGUCUACGGAUUAGCUUUGCUGGGAAGGUUUUUCACAGAGAUUUCUUAAACAAAGUUAUACUGGUGGUAUGCUUUGAAAAUGUCUAUUGUUCUUAAUCUGGCUAUUCUGAGGCUAGGCUUUGCUGUGGAAGAUUUGUCCAUGAGUGGAUUUAUGUGUUUUAAGAUCUGCAUGAAGUCAAGAUCGUGACAGGGAUGACCAUCACCCUAGAACACCAUCGGCAAUGUGAAGGUCACCAAUUAAAACAUCCAAAAGUGCACCCUCAACUUAGUUCUACUCUGUGACAUAAAAAAGAAACCAAGAAGACCUACACCAAGCGAAAAAAGGUCAAUCUCGCUGUGUUUCUUUGCCACAGGGUCGAUGAAUCUGGAAGGAAUGCCCCAACGCCAGGUGGCAUGCUAGAACCUCAUGGCCAACCACUUCGAUUGGUGAUACUGUGUCAAGUGUGUCUUAGCUAUGUCUACGACACAGAUUAUUAAUUCAAGCAGUUAUCUCUUCAUAAAAACUUUAAUUUUGUUAGGAUUACCACUAUUCGAUUCUUCAAUAAAACAUUUUUCUAUAUUAGUUCAGAAUUGAUAUGUUAUUUACUAUUUUUCUACAUUAUUUCCUUAUAUUUUCGUAUAAGCAAGAAAAUGUGGGAGAACUUAUUGCUAUUGGUAUCUAAACAGGUCAUUUGCUUCAAGGAAACUUGUAAACUUUACUUUAUACCUUCAUAUGGUUCAGCGACGUGGCUUUUUAUAUGCUCUGUUGUGGACAGUGCUGGGUUCUCCCUAGCACAAAUUAUGCUGCCAAGGAUAUCAAUUUUGGAAAUGGGACUCGAAUGGCUAUGUUACAAGGUGUUAAUGAGCUUGCAGAAGCUGUGAAGGUUAAUUUUACUCUUAAUCCCCAUCGUUCCAUUUUUUUCCUUUCAUUUUUUAAAAAUAGCUUUCUCACUUUUUAGCUAUUUGAAACCCUGUGUACGGAUGCACCAUAUCCAGAUAGAGUGAGAAAUAUGGAGUGUCAUAUAUUUUCUGUUCUUAACCGAUGGCCGUCAUGUGAUCAUUGAGAGAAGUGAGGAAAACCUAAGAACUUGUGAAGCAGGUUCCCAUUGCCACUAAUUCUGCUGCUGAAGAUGGUGGUGACCAACUCUACAUAAUACUCUCUUGAAUGUGAUGGGACUUGCACAGUGGGAUUAUUAAGAUUGUAAAGUGGUGGCUCCUUCUCUUAUGAUUAACACUAAAACAAAUAGGGAUACAACAUUGUUGAAGGGUAACACACAAAAAUGAAUUGUCCCACUUGCAAGCUCAUUUGGAGUGGACAAAAACCCUACAAAGAGGCAAUAAACACAUCAAAAAUAG